CGGCGGCGGCGGCGGCGGCGGCGGAAGCCUAGUGCCCCCGCCCGCCCGGUCCUCUCGCAGAGGCGGAGGCGGUGCCGCGGGCCGCUGCGGAGCGGGGCGCGGGGUCGGCGGCGCGGGGAAGAGCGGGGGCGCGGAGCGAGCGCGGCCCACCGGGCACCGCCAACCCGGCUCGGCAGACGGACGGACAGACGCGGACCGACGCGGCCCCUCCCUGCCGCCGCCGCCGCCCGCCCGCCCGGGGCGCCCACUCGCCGGCGCCAGGCCCGGGAGCGAUGACAUCGACGGGGAAGGACGGCGGCGGGGCGCAGCACGCGCAGUAUGUGGGGCCCUACCGGCUGGAGAAGACGCUGGGCAAGGGGCAGACAGGCCUUGUGAAGCUGGGGAUUCACUGUGUCACGUGCCAGAAGGUGGCCAUCAAAAUCGUCAACCGGGAGAAGCUCAGCGAGUCCGUGCUGAUGAAGGUGGAGCGGGAGAUCGCCAUCCUGAAGCUCAUCGAACACCCGCACGUCCUCAAGCUGCACGAUGUUUAUGAAAACAAAAAAUAUUUAUACCUGGUGCUAGAACAUGUGUCUGGUGGGGAGCUCUUUGACUACCUGGUCAAAAAGGGGAGGCUGACCCCCAAAGAGGCCCGCAAGUUUUUCCGGCAGAUCAUCUCAGCGCUGGAUUUCUGCCACAGCCACUCGAUCUGCCACAGGGAUCUGAAACCAGAAAAUCUCCUUUUGGACGAGAAGAACAACAUCCGGAUCGCGGACUUCGGCAUGGCGUCCCUGCAGGUGGGGGACAGCCUCCUGGAGACCAGCUGCGGGUCCCCCCACUAUGCCUGCCCCGAGGUGAUCCGGGGAGAAAAGUACGACGGGCGCAAGGCGGACGUGUGGAGCUGCGGGGUGAUCCUGUUCGCGCUGCUGGUGGGGGCGCUGCCCUUCGACGACGACAACCUGCGGCAGCUGCUGGAGAAGGUGAAGCGGGGAGUGUUCCACAUGCCACACUUCAUCCCGCCCGACUGCCAGAGCCUGCUGCGCGGCAUGAUCGAGGUGGACGCGGCGCGGCGCCUGACGCUAGAGCACAUUCAGAAACACAUAUGGUAUAUAGGGGGCAAGAACGAGCCUGAGCCAGAGCAGCCCAUCCCCCGAAAGGUGCAGAUCCGCUCGCUGCCCAGCCUGGAGGACAUUGACCCCGACGUGCUGGACAGCAUGCACUCGCUGGGCUGCUUCCGAGACCGCAACAAGCUGCUGCAGGACCUGCUGUCGGAGGAGGAGAACCAGGAGAAGAUGAUCUAUUUCCUCCUCCUGGACCGGAAAGAAAGGUACCCCAGCCACGAGGAUGAGGACCUGCCCCCCAGGAACGAAAUAGACCCUCCCCGGAAGCGCGUGGACUCCCCAAUGCUGAACCGGCACGGCAAGCGGCGGCCGGAACGCAAGUCCAUGGAGGUGCUCAGCGUGACGGACGGCGGCUCUCCGGUGCCUGCUCGGCGCGCCAUCGAGAUGGCCCAGCACAGCCAGAGUAAAGCAAUGUUCAGUAAAAGCCUGGAUAUCGCUGAAGCCCACCCCCAAUUCAGCAAAGACGACAGGUCCCGGUCCAUCAGCGGCGCCUCCUCAGGCCUCUCCACCAGCCCACUCAGCAGCCCCCGGGUGACCCCUCACCCCUCUCCAAGGGGCAGUCCCCUCCCUACCCCCAAGGGGACGCCGGUGCACACGCCCAAGGAAAGCCCGGCCGGCACACCCAACCCCACACCGCCGUCCAGCCCCAGCGUCGGAGGGGUGCCCUGGAGGACAAGGCUCAACUCCAUCAAGAACAGCUUCCUAGGCUCACCUCGCUUCCACCGCCGGAAACUGCAGGUCCCGACGCCAGAGGAGAUGUCCAAUCUGACCCCGGAGUCCUCCCCAGAGCUGGCCAAGAAGUCCUGGUUCGGGAACUUCAUCAGCCUCGAGAAGGAGGAGCAGAUCUUCCUGGUCAUCAAGGACAAGCCCCUGAGCUCCAUCAAAGCCGACAUCGUUCAUGCCUUCCUGUCGAUUCCCAGUCUCAGCCACAGCGUCAUCUCCCAGACCAGCUUCCGGGCCGAGUACAAGGCGACCGGGGGCCCGGCCGUGUUCCAGAAGCCCGUCAAGUUCCAGGUGGACAUCACCUACAGCGAGGGCGGGGCGGCCCAGAAGGAGAACGGCAUCUACUCCGUCACGUUCACGCUCCUGUCAGGCCCCAGCCGCCGCUUCAAGAGGGUCGUGGAGACCAUUCAGACGCAGCUGCUGAGCACACACGACCAGCCCUCCACCCAGCACUUGUCAGACACCACUAACUGUGUGGAGAUGAUGACGGGGAGGCUUUCCAAGUGUGGCAGCCCAUUGAGUAACUUCUUUGACGUAAUUAAACAACUUUUUUCAGACGAGAAGAACGGGCAGGCGGCCCAGGCCCCCAGCACGCCCGCCAAGCGGAGUGCCCACAGUCCACUCGGUGACUCGGCGGCCGCUGGCCCUGGCCCUGGAGGCGAUGCCGAGUACCCAACGGGCAAGGACACGGCCAAGACGGGGCCACCCGCCGCCCGCCACGAGCAGCCUUAGACACAUAGCCCUCCCCGCCCCAGCACGGCCCCGACAGUGGCCCCCAAGGCUCCCGAGCCACCUGCCCGGCCAGAGUGGACCCGGGGCCACACCCACCUGCCCAUCUAGGCUGCUGUGGAGCGGGGGAGGAAAGGAUAGGGGCACUGGGGGCCAGGGCCUGUGGCCGGCCCACCGUGCCUGCUCUCUCUCUCUCUCUCGCUGUUUCUCUCUCUGCCUGUCUCUGACAACGUCACUGUUUCCGCUCUGAUACCAGGAAUUAUCCCGAAAAGUUAACAUGUCAACAUGUCACCUCCACGAGGCCAUCCUCUGGGCUCCGCGCCGGACACCGGCCCGCCGAAGGCAGCUGCGUGGACCUGCCUCUCCUCUCCUGCUGCUGCAGCGUGCCCGGCGGCGAGGCCUGC